ACCCGCGGUUCUUCAAAAAGGCACGAUGAGGCCCACGCACUGUAUAUUGCCGCCCUGGACGCGCCCGAGGACGCGCCAGAUGUCGCGAUUUCCCUGCUCAACGACGCCAUUGGUAUUGAUCCAACAAAGCCCAUUUAUUACUUGACGCGGGCGACUGCCCUCAUUGAAGAUGUUCAAUUAUUCGCAGCACUUCGAGAUUUUGAUAUUGCUUCGUCCAUGAACACUUUCGAGGGCACGGCCACGAUAUUCCUCCAGAUCGCACGAUGCCGUUUGGUCCUGGGAUUCCCUUCGAUAGCGUUGAUAGCUGCUCAAAACGCGCGCGCCCUCGACCCCUUCAAUCUGCGAGCUACAGAGCUUCUGGGGCGAAUACGAACUCUCGAGUCCCAGAUGGCCAAGUACGGGCGAGCAACAUCUGAGAAACAGUGGCACGUGGCGCGGUCGGCAUGCGACGCAUGUUUGGAGAUAUUUGCGAAAGAGGACAGCGACGCACCACCGGAGAUCCAGUGCUGGGGCAUAGACCUGCUCAUCGUUGAGCGCAAGUGGGAUGACGCCCUUAAAGUUGCUGAAGCCUCCCUGCGGAGCUCGCCGAGCUCUGUCGAAGCAAUGGUUCUCCGCGCACUAGCCCUGUUCUUGCAGAUGCGCCUCGGCGAGGCGCUUACGCAACUCAUCGACGCUUUGAGAUUUGAUCCAGACAAUGGGGCAGCCAAAGCGCUUCGUUUACGCGUGAAGACCACGUCAAGUUUCAACGAAGCGGGUCACGCUGCCUCCCGAAGAGAGUGCUGGUCUGAGGCAAUAGAAUCGUGGGGCAAGGCUCUGCAGUUCGUAGGAGAUGACACGAGAGAGGGACGUGGAGGUAUAUUCCGUCCGACUCUCUUACUAGAACGUGCAACUGCCUACCUCAAGAUGCAACAGUACUCGUUUGGCCUCAAGGACGUUAAUCAGUCCCUUGAGCUCCGCCCGUCUCAUUAUCAGGCGCUGCUGUGUCGUGCCCGCAUCCAUGUGUGCCUGGAACUCUACAACUCCGCGGUCGAGGACUUCCAAUCCGCCCUUGAAGCUGGAAAAUCGUCGAUGCCACCAUACGAGAGGAAGCAAGUGGAAGCCGAGUUGCUCGACGCACGCACGGCGCAUCAACGUGAGGCGGACCAAGAUCAUUACACGGUUUUGGGAUUAUCCGAAGACUGUUCGCCCAAUGACGUCAAAAAAGCCUUCCGGAAGUUGUCGCUCCUGCAUCACCCCGACAAGGGAGGGUCUGAGGAUAAGUUCAAGAUCAUCAACAACGCAUAUGGGGUUCUUUCGGAUAUUGACGAGAGAGCGAAAUACGACUUAGAGCGCCGGGGUUGUCGAUUCCAACCUUCGUUUGGAGGAGGAUUCUAUGACUAUGAUGGCUGGUAUUAG